AUGGAAGUAUUGUGUUAUAAGUAUUUUUAGCAAUUUAUAAUGAACCUUGAUGAUACAGAUUGUAAUUCUAUAUAAAUUUAUAAUAUAGUUAAGACUCCAUAAAAAUAACAAUCAUUCAAAUCACCCAAUACUUAUAUUAAACAAAGUUCACCUAAGAAACUCAAAGAAGAAUUCAAAAAAAAUAAGAUCAUAAAGAAAUUAGAAUUUAAUGAUGAUUAGAUAGUAAUUAAAUAAGAUGGAAUACUUGGAAGAAGCAAACGUAUCAUACCUAAAGAAAACAAAGGUAAUAAUAAACUAAUAAUUUAGUGAAUUCAACCUAUACUUUGGGUCUAUUAAAUUCCAUAGAACUAAAUUAAAAUAAUGUUAUAAUUAAUAAAUUAGUGAAACCUAAUGAUGAUGAUUUAUUUAAUCUCUACAAAGUUGAUAAUAUAGUGUGCAAAUGUAGAAAAUCAAAAUGCAUUAAAAACUAUUGUAUUUGCAGUGCCAAUAAUCAAGAAUGUACAUUCAAAUGUGAAUGUUAUAAUUGUUCAAACAAAUUGCCUAAAUCAGCUGUCUCAAAAUAAUCUGGAUCUGAAUUUCUGGGAUGCAAUUGCAGAAGAUAAGAGUAUUCAUUUUUAAUUAAUUCCUAGUUGCUCAAAAGGAUAUUGUGAAUGUCAAAAAAGAAAAACCAAAUGCACAUCCAAAUGUAGUUGUUGUGAUGAAUGCAAAAAUUCUAAUAUUUAACCUUUACCCUUUUCUUUAGAUGGCUUAAUCUGA